AGAGGUUUGUAGUCGCCAGCAGUAGUUAUAAAGGGAACAGCAAGCACCCCGUAGUUCCAGGGGUCGACUUUGUGAGAGACUAGCUAAAGAUCAAGUUGGCCUGAGUUUGCUGUUUGUGUGUCAUCAAGCAUGUCGAAGUGGUUCGCCAUUUCGAUCGCGUUUUGCGGAGCUUGUUUCUUCGCGUUAGUGCGAACGAGCAUCGCUUCUUCGUGCACCUCGGACUGGUCGUACAUGUCCCGGGAAGCGGCCGAUCAGGGCCAACGCCUGGUCGGCCACCUUGUCCGCAACAUCACCGGGGUGCGGUCCUCAGCCGAGUGCUUGAGCUUCUGCCUACGGCAGGGCACAAGCUGCCAGUCCAUGAACUUCGCCGAGCGGCUGGGCAUCUGUCAGGUGAACGGGGCGACUAGAUCCACUGACCCAAACGACCUGGUGGAAGACACAGAUUUUGAUUACUACGACCCCCCUUCCAACGGUCAUUGGCAGGAUACUCCCGCCUUCACUUGCUCCGAUACUGACGUGUGCUACAACUCGGGCUCAUGCACCGAGUUCUGCCACCCGCCCUGGUUCCGAUGCGAGUGUGCCUCUGGCUUCGCUGGAGAACAGUGCACUCUAUCAACGUCGUACGAUGGGAUUGCGUCGUCCUGCAACGCCUACCGUAACAGCGGCCACGCCACCAGCGGCGUGCUCCAGGUUAAGCCGGACAGCGGAGCGGCCUUCGAUGUCUACUGCGACAUGACCACAGACGGAGGAGGCUGGGCCGUAUUUCAGCGACGCUGGGACGGCUCUGUGGAUUUCUACCGCUCUUGGAGCGACUACGUCAAUGGGUUUGGCUCCCUCAGUGGUGAGUUUUGGUUAGGGCUCGACAAGCUCUAUCGUCUGGCCUACACCACGAGGACUCUCCGCGUCGACUUGGUGGACUGGGGCUCUGGAGCCUACUAUGCCCAAUACGCCUUUUACAUCCACAAUUCUAACGACAGGUAUCGUGGUUUCUUCUGGAGUUACAGCGGUAAUGCAGGCGACAACCUGCACUAUCACCAUAAUUGCGUGUUCUCGACCUACGACUACGACGGCGACAACUGGGGCGACAACUGUGCCUCCUACUACCACGGCGCCUGGUGGUACAACGCCUGCCACGGUUGCAAUCUCAACGGGAAGUACAUCAACGGGGGACACACAUCAGAGCACGCGAGGGGAGCCACGUGGAGCGCGCUCCACGGGCAGGAUUAUGCGCUGAUGCAGACCUAUAUGAAAGUACGAUAAACGGAGCCUGCGCCGAUGAUCGAUAAAAUUUGCCUUCUCUGAGUUUGCGUCUGUAGACCUGAAUUGUUUCUUCACAGUCCCGUUUUUAGGAGGGUCCCUUUCAUGAUCAUGGUGUAGUUCUGACAAAUUACAGAAAAGAAUCUAAAGGGGGCGCACUUGCAAUCCCUUUUUUCGUUGUUUAGGAGAUUUUUUUUUCUGUUCUUGGUUUGUAAGGUUGCCUGUUUUUCCUUUCCUGUCUCUUCGUUGAUGCAGAAAUUUUCACUCAGAUGACAAAGAAAUGUACCACACUCACGCGUUCAGGUUUUGCGUCCACAUGCCCCCAUCCAAGUUCGUUCAGGGAUUCGUAACUAACUACGCGUUCGUCACGAGCAUCCCUUUCUAUCUGCUCCGAGCAGGAACAAAAGAGGGCGUGUUUUGAAAUGAAAUUGACAGUCCUUUGGUACUCACGCACUGCAUAGGUGCGCAGGUUUAUGCGCGUUUGACGCGGAGCACGCUGAGUACGCGCAACAAUUUUAGUCUAGAAUUUGUGGUCUUCGCGUGCACAUCGAACGCGUGCAAGAACCCGCUUGUAACCACAUGUCUUUCUAUAUGUAUAUACGAUAUAUGUAUUUGGUAACAAUUGAACAAUUAAAAAAUUCGAGAUGUAACAACUUCCCUUCAGAGAAAAAAAGAUCUUUUUAAAGAUCUAACAUUUUGUACAGUCUGUCAAUGUUUCUCUUCAAUAUUCUACCUACUUCGCAAAAACAUCUGUAGUGCAUGUGAGUGUUGCAACCGUUUUUUCCUUCUGUCUUGAUAAUAGUUAUGUCCACCUUCCCUGACCAAUUAAUCUUUUUAUUAAAGCUUUUCUAAAUAUUAUUAGAACUGGGUUUAAUUUAAUUAAAAUCGUAUUUUUCUAUUUCAGCUCAGUUUGUAAUUCAUUGAACUGAUCAUAGUGUGUAGCAAAUAAUUUUGCGGUGUAAGAAAGAGCGGGAUCGAAACGUGUUUGGAGACUAAACAAUAUAGGCCUGUAUCCAAAUCCAGAACGUCUGUCAAUUGCUAAACAUUAACCCACGAUACUCUGAACAUGUUUGGUAUAUUUAAAUAUGCUUACAGGGAGACAGCGAAGAUAUUAAAACAUGUUUCAUCACUAAACAGACUUUGUGAUAUUGGUA